AUGAGUGAACUUUGGGAUUUAAUUUUUUCACAGAUAUCGGAAAAUGGGAUUAAAGACAUUGAUAAGAAAGAAUACGAAGGGACGAUCCACUGGAAGGAGGCAAACAAAUUGCUCGAAAGUGAUUGGCUAUUGCUAACUGGGAGGGGAAAAAAAAGAAAGAAAGAAUUGCAAGCAAAAGAGCAUAUUCGAGGGUUUGAGCACAUGAAUUUCCGUAUGGACGUCACUUGCAAAGCAGAGUGGAUAAUCCCCUUUUUUUCGCACGCCAUGUGA